AUAUAAGUUAAAAAACGACCUCAGCGAUGGGCCGCACGGAUAGUAUUUCCGGUUACGUCAUCAGUCUGCGCCUUUCACAUUUAGUCUGUUGUAGUGUGGUGUCCUCUGUCAGAGCGAAGAGCGAUGUGGCCGAUAUCUCAGCUGUUGGGGAGGAGCUGCCACGUAUUUCCGCUUCCAUCUCUCACCACCCGUACAUUUUCCCUUGGACAAUGGAGCCUGAUCCGCAUGAACUUCUUGCCAAAACCGAAGACCAGUGACCGAUGGGAUAACAAGAGAGCGAUGUUUGGUGUUUAUGACAAUAUCGGAAUCCUGGGUGACUUUAAAGCACAUCCCCGUGAGCUGAUCAUAGCACCUUCAUGGUUGAAAGGCUGGAAGGGAAACGAACUACAGAGGUGUAUAAGGAAGCGUCAGAUGGUUGGCGCAAGGAUGUUUUAUCAUGAUAGGGAAAACCUGAACAAGAGAAUUCGAUUUCUCUAUAAAAGAUUCAACAGAUAUGGCAAACACCGCUAGCAUCUAACCUCUAGGACUCCUGAGACCCCAAAUAAACUACUGUGGCUAUGUUGA